CUCACACUGAUUUCACCCAGAGUGACUGGAACAGGCGUCUGCUAUAGCUCCUCUUUAAAGAAGAAAAGGUUUCUCUUGACAUCACAAUGAGCAGUCGAGUGGAUGAUGUUAUGCAGCUUUGCUGUGAGGUCUCAGCCAGCAGGAAGAUGAAAGCAGCCGUGAAGAGCUCUGGAAAGGGAGCUGCAGCGGCUGGUGGAGGUGCUUUUGUAGGGGGAAUGGUUGGAGGCGCAGCCGGCAUAGCUGUUGGUGGUACUUUGGGAGGUCUUCUGGGAACUUGGAUGACCAGUGGUCAAUUCAAACCUCUUCCUGAGAUCAUCAAGGAGCUGCCUCCAAAAUAUAAGGAGAAACUGUACUGUGAUGUCAUGGGUGCAUUGGGCACUCUGGACUGGACAGACGGGGCUGGCCUUAUUGCUCUGGUUAUGGGCAGUGCCACUCUGCAAGAGCAAGUGUUUGCUGCUAUACUCACUUAUGCCGAAAAAGAGCUCAAGGCUGAAGUGCAGUAUAGAAACCGACCGCUAGAGGGUUGAUGGUGAGCGUGAUUUGACCAAGUACAACAUGUUCCUGGAUCAUCUUCGUUGAUCCUGGA